CAUCCUACCUUCUUUCCUCCACCGAUUUCCAUAAAGUAUUGACAAGAUGAAGUGGGUCACCUUCAUUUCCCUUAUUUUCCUCAUCAGCUCUGUUCAUUCCAGGGAAAUCGUCCGUCGAGAUGCACAUAAGAGUGAGAUUGCCAAACGAUAUAGAGACUUGGGUGAAGUGAAUGUGAAAGGCCUAGUGUUGAUCACAUUUGCUCAGUUCCUCCAGAAAUGUCCAUAUGAAGAUCAUAUAAAAUUAGUGAAUGAAGUCGUGGAAUUUGCAAAAGGCUGUGCUGCUGAUGAGACAGCAGAAAAUUGUGACAAAUCCCUUCACCAACUAUUUGGCGAUAAGUUAUGUAGUCUGCCAAAUUUUCGGGAGAGGUAUGGUGAAAUGGCAGAGUGCUGCACUAAAGAAGAACCUGAGAGAAAUCAAUGUUUCCUGAGCCACAAAGAUGACCACCCAGACCUCCCUAAAAUCGAAGCCGCUAAUGCUGACACUCUUUGCCACAACUUCCAAGAGAAUGCAAACAGAGUUCUGGGAAAGUACCUGUAUGAAGUUGCCAGAAGACACCCGUACUUCUAUGCCCCUGCACUCCUUGCCUACACUUUUCAGUACAAGGAUGCAGUGGGAGAAUGUUGCCAGUCUGCUGACAAAGCUACGUGCCUCCAAGAAAAGCUUCCUGCUUUGAGAGAAAAAGUAUUAUCUGCAGGUGCAAGACAGAGAUAUCGAUGCUCCAGUUUAGACAAGUUUGGAGAGAGAGCUGUCAAGGCUGGACUCGUAGCUCGGCUAAGUCAGAAGUUCCCCAAGAUUGAAUUUGGUGAACUUCAUAAAAUAGUGGAAGAUCUUACCAAGGGUUAUAAGGAAUGUUGCCAUGGUGACCUGUUGGAGUGUGCUGAUGAUAGGGUGGCUCUUUCUGAGUACGUUUGUAAGCACAAAGAUACAAUCUCCUCCAAACUCGGAAAAUGCUGUGACAAGCCUGUAAUCCAGAAGAGCCAGUGCAUUGCUGAUCUGGAGAAUGAUGACAUUCCUGCUGACCUCCCUAACUUCCUUGCUGAAUAUGUAGAAACCAAGGACGCCUGCAAAAACUACCAGGAAGCAAAUGAAGUCUACUUAGCCCACUAUCUGUAUGACAGUGGAAGAAGACACCCUGAGCUUGCUGUUACCACACUGCUGAGGCUUGCCAAGGACUACGAACACACACUUGAGAAGUGUUGUGCCACAGCUGACCCUCCUGCUUGCUAUGCCAAAGUGGCUGAUGAUCGGAAAGCCAUUAUUGAGGAGACCAACCAUUUAGUCAAGUCAAAUUGUGAUAUUUUUGAAAAACUUGGAGAAUACGGUUUUGAAAAUACAGUACUGGCCAGUUAUACCAAGAAACUACUUCCACUGUCAACCCCAACAUUGUUGGGCCUUGCACAUCAGUUUGGAAAAGUUGCCAGUAAAUGCUGUAAACUCAGUGACCAAGAAAAAGUGGCCUGUGCUGAGGGCUAUGUGAGUUGGGCUAUUGUAUUUGACAAUCUGUGUCGCCUUCAUGAGAAGACCCCAGUGAGUGAUAGAAUCACCAAAUGCUGCACAGACUCGUUGGUGGGCCGCACUCGCUGCUUCACUGCCGUGGGAGAUGAUGACACAUAUGUACCCAAGGCAUUUUCUGCAGACACAUUCACCUUCCAUGCUGACCUGUGCACACUUCCUGAAGAGGAGAAACAGAACAAGAAGCAAAGUGUACUGGUGGAACUCGUGAAACACAAGCCCCACAUCAGUGAUGAGCAACUCAAGGGUGUAAUUACUGAUUUCACUGCAUUUGUGGACAAGUGCUGCAAAGCUCCCAACCAGGAAGCCUGCUUCGCUGAAGACGGUCCCAAACUGGUUGCUUCAGCUCAAGCUGCCUUAGCCUGAUGGACAAGCUGUCACUAGUAUUUCAGUUGACCAGUGGAAGAAAACAGAGAGAGAACUGAGUACUCCAAAUUCAUGCAUCUGUUUUGUUUCUCUGUUGGUGUCACCCCAACAGUUAAGAAAACAUCAAUUUUGCCUUAAAUUUUUUUUUAUCCUUCCCCAGUGUUGCAAUAAAUAAUAAAGGAAAGCAUAAACAAUCA